AGCUUUUGGCCACAGGAGGGCGCCCCGGAGCACGGGCCGGCCCUCGCCCCCGCCCCCAGUGGGCCGCUUCCCGGCGUCUCUCCAGGGGCCCCAGGCCCGGCCAGCACUCGCCCGCCUCCGGUCUGCGCGACGCCACGCAGCUCCCCAGGUCCCGCGCCGAGUGUUUUCCACGCGUGGCCUCAUUUAAUCCCAUCAACCACCCGUGAGCUAGUCCUCGCGAAUAAUCCCGUUUUGUGGAAAAGGAGAACAGAAUAGCAGCGGUAAUGGAAGCCCCAGGUGCUGAGUUCUUGGCACUGGCAGGUGCAUCACCAGCGUAGCGGCCGCGGGCAUGGUGGACACCGAGCAGCAGGAGGGCACCGUCCAGGUGCAGGGCCUCAGCCUCUUCUUCCGGGAGGCACGGCCGGGCGGCGGGCAGGCCGCUCGCUUCUCUGUGCUGCUGUUGCAUGGUAUCCGCUUCUCCUCCGAGACCUGGCAGAACCUGGGUACGCUGCGCAGGCUGGCCCAGGCCGGCUACCGGGCCGUGGCCGUUGACCUCCCAGGCCUGGGGCGCUCCAAGGAAGCAGCAGCCCCUGCCCCUCUCGGGGAGCUGGUCCCUGCAGGUUUCCUGGCAGCUCUGGUGGAGGCCUUGGCCCUGGGCCCCCCGGUGGUGAUCAGUCCAUCCAUGAGUGGCAUGUACUCCCUGCCCUUCCUCACAGCCCCCGGCUCCCAGCUCCGGGGCUAUGUGCCGGUGGCCCCCAUCUGCACCGACAAAAUCAGUGCCGCCGACUACGCCAGUGUGAAGAUUCCGGCCCUGAUUGUAUAUGGAGACCAGGACCCCAUGGGUCAGAGCAGCUUUGAGCACCUGAAGCAGCUGCCCAACCACCGGGUGCUGGUCAUGAAGGGGGCGGGGCACCCCUGUUACCUGGACAAACCGGAGGAGUGGCAUACAGAGCUGCUGAGCUUCCUGCAGGGGCUGGCAUAGGCCCCGCGCUCUGGCCGGGGGAGACACCUGCCUGCCUGCUGCCUGCUGCCUCGGGCCUCUCCCGCUCUCUCCCACCCCUCUCUUGGCUCUGGCUCAUCACAUGUGCACCACAGGUGUGUCUGUCUGUUGUUUCUCCGGGUUCAUGUCUUUUGGGGUCCGUGUCUUUUUCUGCUUCUUUCUUUUGCAGCGCCAGACUGAGGAGGUAAAAUCAAGAGCAAAAAACAGGAAUCAAGGGACGUAAUAUGCUGGAGGGUAAUCCAAGCUUCCACAGGCUCCUGCUGGCUCUCUCGCCUUCCUCUGCUCUGCCCAGCCUCCCCCUGCCUCCUCCUUCAGCUGCCCUGCAGGCCAGUCACCCCCACCCUUGCCCACCCCCUCCCGCCUGAGGCCACACGCACUUACAUGCUUGGAGCCUUCUAUACCUACCUGAUCCCAGAUACAGGUCUGACCCUUCACGGGAGCCGCUGCAUGGUGCAGGUGAUGGGGAGACCAUGCACCUUUUUCAUGGGCAGCUUUGCCCUGCACACGCACCCGUGCACACCUGGGCCUCCACACAGGCACUAGCCCAGGUCCAUGUGCACUUCUAACGCUGUAGCACCUGUCUGGGCCCCAUGGGCCCGCCCUUGCAGAACUGCUAUGCCUAGGGUGUGGCGGGCCCCCGGCUCUACUCACCCACUGGUUGCAGGUGGCCCCAGGGCCAGAACUGCCUGCCCCGGAGAGGCCGAUCUCCCUGCUUUCUCCCUGGCUUCCCGGCGCUCCCUUGCCCCGGGUUGUGCGGUCUGGGUCUUCUCAGCCCAGCUAGUGCCUUGCUUUGAGGUUUGGGGGAUGGAAAUAAAGCGAUGCAAUUAGACCCUUA